CAAAGGAUAACAUGGCGAGACGCGCAACCGACGCUGGCAUCCUCGCGAUGGAAUGCUACUUUCCGCAGCGCUACGUCCCGCAGACGGCGCUCGAAGAGGCCGAUGGAUGCGCCGGGAAGUACACGGUCGGCCUCGGCCAGACGGCGCUUGCGUUCUUCGACGAUCGCGAGGACAUCGCUUCCGUGCUGCUCACCGCGUGCGCACGGCUGCUCGAGCGGUACGGCGUGCCGGCGUCGGCCAUCGGCCGGCUCGAGGUUGGCACCGAGACGCUGCUCGACAAGUCCAAGUCCGUCAAGACGACGCUGAUGGCGCAGCUCUUUGGCGCCGAGCACUCAGACGUCGAAGGCGUCUCGUCGACCAACGCCUGCUACGGCGGCACCGCCGCGCUGCUAAACUCCGUCGCGUGGGUCGAGUCGAGCGCGUGGGACGGCCGCUACGCCCUCGUCGUCUGCGGCGACAUCGCCGUGUACGCGCCCGGGCCGGCGAGGCCGACGGGCGGAGGCGGCGCGGUCGCCAUGCUGGUGGGGCCGGAUGCGCCGCUCGUAAUGGCCGGGCCUCGCGCGACGCACGCCUUCGAGGUGUACGACUUUUACAAGCCGCGCGGCGACACCGAGUACGCCACCGUCGACGGCAAGCUCUCGCAGGACGCGUACCUCGCGUCAGUGGACACGUGCUGGUCGCGGCUCAAGGCCAAGCUGGGAGCGCCGGCCGCCGCAGAGCAGCUCGGCCUCAACGGGUCGCCCGCUGACUUGCGCGCGUUCGACUACGUCUGCAUGCACUCGCCAUACAACAAGCUCGUCCAAAAGGGCUUCGCGCGCCUCCUCUACGGCACCGCUGCCCUCGGGCAGCCGUCGGCGACUUCUGUGUUGACGCUGUCGAGGCGCGCGGCCGUAGGCGACUUCGCCGACGACGCCACCGCGCCUCGCUUCGCCGGCGACGCGCAGCGCUGGGCGGGCGUGCCUCCUGCCAAGACGGUCGGCGACCGCGAGGCGGAGAAGUGCUUCGUGGGCCUCGCCAAGCCCGACUUCGAGGCAAAGUGCGCGCCAUCGGACACGGCAUCGCGGCAGGUUGGAAACUGCUACACCGCGGCGCUCUACAUGAACCUGCUCUCGCUCGUCAGCGCGAAGGCCUCCUCGUUGAUGGGUGCGCGACUGCUCCUCUUCUCGUACGGCUCGGGUGCGGUCGCCACCGCUUUCACGCUGAUCGGCCGCGAGCCGUCCGGCGGCAGCGCGCUCGCUUUGCCGCCCGCUUCGCCGUUCACCCUCGAGCGCAUCGCAACGACGGCGCAGCUGGCGGAGCGGCUCACUGCGCGCACGUGCUCCGACUUGCCCACCCUCACACGGGCGCUCGAGCUGCGCGAGGAGCGGUACGGCCAGGCGGGGUACGAGCCGUCCGGAGACGUCGGCGCUCUGGCGCCGGGGACCUACUACCUCGCUGCGGUAGACGAGCUCCACCGCCGCACCUACUCGAGGAAGUGAGCCGUCGCUUCGCCACCCCCGGGGCUCCGAGCCACUCUCUAGGGCUGCUCCUCGGAGGAGGCUCCGCUCAAACAAUGUUGAGCGGCGAUGGCUAACAGGACUUGUUGGGAGGCGCGCUGGCCUUCACAGGAACGUCCAGUUUCCACGGAGAGGCUGGCAGAGCGGGCGAGUGUGGGGGCAGCCAGGUUUGCCCCGCUUCGCUGAAGAGCGGUCGAUAUGCGUGCGACCCGUCCGCGUGCUCUUAGACUUCUAUUCUCGUGUCUCGUGUUCUAGCAGCAUCUAGUAUGCAUACACCGAACAUUGGACCACCGAAA